ACCACAUCACCGCUUUGUAUUCACAUUCACUCAUUCUCCAACCGUUGGAUUCACCUCAUCAACGGUCCUCAAUUCAUGCGCAACAUUCUGGAACAACGAACUGUUUCUGUUUCUGUAUCUGGUUUCUGUUUUUUAUAAUUAUCUGUUUUCUUUAUUUAUUUAUUUUUUUGUCUCCUUGACUUGAAGUUUCAGACUCUAUUUUUCCACCUUUGCGGCUUUCCCUGAAAUUAAUAUACUUUACUUGAAGAGAAAGCAAGUUUGUUUCACUUAAUCAAUUAAUUCUCAGACUUGGGAAUUCAUUUCCGUCUUCUGGGUUUUCUUUGGAAUCUAAAGAACAAGAAUUAGAACCAAUGAUGGAGGUACUGAGCAAAACGAAUCUGUUUUCAUCGUGUAAUCAUAGUCAACAAGAUGGGUUUUCUGUUGUUUUGCCAAAGAGCCGUAGUUACAAAUCAUCUUCUUCUGUGAGGUGGUUCCAGCCUCUUAAGCUGAAAUCACAGGCCCUGAGAUCAAGCAGUGAUUUUUAUGGCAAAAGAAUUGUUCUUCAGGAAAACAAAGCCUUGCCCAAGAGAGGAAAUUUCCGAUUUCAAUCUUCAAUUAAGGCUCAGACAGGCUAUCGGAUUGGGAAAAUUCAGAAAUGGUGGGAAAAGGGUCUUCAACCAAACGUGAAAGAGGUGACCUCUGCACAAGAACUUGUGGACUCCCUAUUGAACGCAGGGGAUAAACUUGUUGUUGUGGAUUUCUUCUCCCCAGGCUGUGGUGGUUGCAAAGCUCUCCAUCCCAAGAUAUGUCAAUUCGCAGAGAUGAAUCCAGAUGUGCAGUUCAUUCAGGUGAACUAUGAGGAGCACAAGUCCAUGUGCUAUAGCCUUAAUGUCCAUGUUCUGCCCUUCUUCCGAUUCUACAGAGGCGCUCAUGGUCGUCUAUGCAGCUUUAGCUGUACUAAUGCCACGAUAAAGAAAUUUAAAGAUGCAUUGGCCAAGCACACGCCAGAUCGUUGCAGUCUUGGGCCAACAAAAGGGCUUGAGGAGAAAGAGCUCCUUGCAUUGUCUGCUAACAAAGAUCUGUCUUUCAACUACACACCAAAACCAGUUCAACCACCGCCUGUCCCUCAACACGAAGAGAUCAUCCCAGAAACAGCACCAUCUCAUUCAAACUCAGACCCUCUGCUGCUUUCUCUUCCUUCAACUAUCUUAAAGUCUGCUCAAGACGUUGAGGAUAAGACCUUGGUAACUGCUGGGAGAUGAAAUGCUCGGUUUCCACUUUCCACCAUCCCCAAUUCUCCUCCCUUUCUCCUUUGUACAGAACCAUUUUCAUGUAAUAUCCCCAUGUUAAUAGGCGUGAACAUACUAGUAAAGCCGAAGUCAUACUGUAAGCUUGUUUUUUCUUAUGGAGUUGCAGGCCUUAGGAUUUAUUUUUUUGGAUCCUAGCCUGCCGGUUCCCUAGUGAGUUUACAGAGCAACCAUUUGUGUGUUGGGUUGCUCUUUUAUGUGCGAGGGGAAAGCCCUCUUUGUGAUUGUAAAAAUUCUCAUCCUUCUAUUUAGAUAUAGAAGAUCUCUCUUUUUAUCCGUGGGAGAUUUCCUUGUCUUUUCUGUUAAAUGCAGUGGAUUUGCGGUAUGAAUUAAUGCUGCCUCUUUCUUUUCUA